CGCAUGCACUGCGCAAAUCGGGAAGAAACCGGUGUUCUGAAUUCUGACUGUAAAUCAUCUUGACUGACAUUGACAAAUUUCAGGAACAAUCAAAGAUGAACUUGGCGAAAAACGCAACUACGGUUGCUCUGGUUGAGAAGGAUGAUCGGCCGUGUGGUGUUCAGUUAGUUCACACUGACAGGACCAAUGUAGCAGCUGACCCAAUGGAUCUGGUGGAGUUGGCCAGAGUCGUUCAGAAGGCAGAUGAAUUCACUCGAGCCAAUGCCAGCAACAAACUCUUGACAAUCGCUGAACAGAUCCGCUACCUGCAGGAGCAAGCACGCACAGCCUUAGAAGACGCUAAGAGAGAUAAUGAGUUGCAUCACGCAGCGUGUAACAUCAAGAAACGACCCGGACAGACCUAUUAUCUCUACAAACGACAAUCCGGUCAGAAGUACUUCUCCAUUCUCUCACCUCAGGAGUGGGGUAAGAGCUGUCCACAUGAGUACAUUGCCUGCUACCGUCUAGAACAUGACAUGUCUUGGACUCCAGAGGAAGAUAUGAAGAGACGUAGUCAGGAGAUAGGAUUGAUUGAUCAAUUGCUGACCUCCCAGGCCAGUCUGACCUGUAACCCUUAUCCUAACUUCCAGGGACUUCUUCAAGUCAAAGAUUCUAAGAUGGCACAGAAACAGGGCGUAAGGACUGAAAACAAUAACUGAGUCAUGUCUUGAUAUCUUUGUUCAAGUUAAGUCCAUCACAAGUCCUUUACAAUUCAAGCCAUUCACAAUGCAGCGCGCCACCAAGAGUUUGCCAUGGAGAGUCCAUUUUUCAAGUUUACGGUCGACAAAACACGGCCCAUUUGAAUGACUGUCAGUAGACAACUGGAGCUAAUUUGUUAUAGAUUGGGCCAUAGCGUUCUUCCGCCUUACAGAAAACAGCAUAUUGAUAAAAAGAAAAGGGCACUAUACUUGAUCAUACCCUUACAAAACUACAGGCUGGAAAACUAACAAUUUCAAAUGUCCUGCGCUGUUAAUUUGUCCACCAUCUCCCACAAUGCACUGG